AUGGUGCAACGUAGACCUGCUAUGCUUCACCGCGGAGUUCACACAGAUGGUACCAAGAAACAUGCACAAAGGCUGCAGGUGGAAAAAGGUGCAAAAACUGAGCAAUUGGCACUGCGAGCCUUGAGUAGCAACUGCCUGAAUGUGAAUUUUGCCGCCUUCGCACCGGCCGGCCGAGGAAUCAUUUGCCUGCAGCCUGCUUUUGUUUAUUUGGAUUUGAGGGACAUGCUUGAGCAAUGGCAAAACUUUUCGUCGAGCUUCACACUGCCAAAGCUCCGGGACUUCUUCGAACAGGAGAUCAUCUCGACUCAAACGCCGGGUGCGCCUGGUGAUGCAGUUGCAUCUCCGUCACCCUCCCCUCUCCGCACCCAAGACGAUUACGGUCGGCCUGUGCUUGGAGAGGAGCCAUAUACAACGAUUCAGGAUAGAACGGACAGGAGCUCAGAGGCUCCAAGAGACGAAAGCCAUGCGGGGGCAUUCUCCAGCCUACUCUCUGAAGCUACACUCGAAAUUGGAGCUCCUGGCCAGAAGCACGAGUCCAGUGCGCUUGGAGAGCUUGAAGAGAAGACACGUCAGAGCCACCGUCCGGUGUACAUGCCAGACAUGCGAAUGGAUGAGGAGGACGCAGAAGAGCAUGACGCAAGCACACCGUUCCCUGCAGCUGCCGGCACGGGCGCGGAGGAGGAAAUCGCUGAGCAGUCGUCAGAUCUUUUGAAUCUGCAGGUUGCAACAACUGAAAUCCCGCACUGGCUGCAGAUGUCGAGCGCGGGACUUGUCUCUCAAUGGGCGCCGUUUUCUUCAUAUGCAGCUUCCGACACGAAUCUAAUUGUUAGACCACCUCCAAUGCCUGAAGAAGAGUGCCUUGCCCUCCUACCACCCGAAGCUACGCCGGAAGGGUUUCGGGUGCUCUCCGUGAAACAUCAGGAGUCUCUCAGUCGUGGUGCAAUUUCUCAUGGCAAAUGCUUUUAUUUUGAUGCUGCUGCUUUUCCGUCCUAUGAGUUCACCCCACACCCGUGUUUUGUCGAGCAGUGGCGUGGAGGUUUGCUUCUCUGGAGCGGAGCGGUCAGCCUGAGUUUAGGCACGUUAGGAGCGGUCGAUUUGCCACCACUGACACUGCCGGCAUUUGGGCGAAAAGAGCCUCGAAGCUUAUCCCAACUCGGAGAUUUCGAAGUUGAUGACAUCAUUUUCGUGCUUGGCUUUCACAAGGACUUUGCGGUCUCUGUUGGCCGCCACAUGGGCUUUUCAGAGAACCUUUUCGGAUACCAGAGCUAUUGCAUGGGAAAGAGAGCUUCGCCACGACAGGAUCUAGAUACCUUCAGAAAAAGCGCGAAGUACAUUGACGAGCUAGGAGACUUGGGGAAGCAUAUGCAAAUCAAUGUGGAGGUUGAUGAGAAGGAACUUGUCGCGAUCCGUGGGACGACUGAGUCGAGGGCCAACAUGGGUGCAAUGCUUGAACCUUCUGCCCAUGUUGAAGACACCACAAGCGUGGCAGAGCUGGACAGAGAGAACAGCUUGGUGAUGGCAGGUGUGGAGGUAGCCGAGGAAGGAGCUAUCCCCCACAAUGUGCGUUCCAGCACUUCCAGCGAUGCAUGGAAUGCGAGGCGCCAAGCGAUGCUGAACGCCAGACCAAGGCAUGCGCCUGAUCGCGAAGCAACGCUUUGA